AUGCUGUCUUCCAACGCCUUCACGGUGAUCAGCCCAACCAUCCCGCAGGCUCAGGUCGCUCCCGUCGAACCGAAGGUCAAGAGCAGCGAUGCAGGUGCAGGGGCUGCUGGAACCUGGUUCUCGGGCACGGGUGCGGCUUUGGCAGCCACCGGCCUCGUCACCGCUUCCGCCCUCCGCCGCAAGGCACGCAGCGCGCGGGCCAAGAACGGCCUCUCGGGUCUCAGCAGCUCCGUCGCCGGCGAGACCUACUAUCGCGACCAGCUAGUGGCGUGCCGUGCUCACCUCGGCGAGGAGGCCCCGAGCAUGGAGGAGACCGACCAGCACGUCCAGGAUGUGCAGAACUUUGCCAAGCAAGCACUUGCCGGAGCUGCAGCAGCAAUGGUUUUCACUUCAUCCAUGGAGUCUGCUGUAGCAUACCCCAUCUUCGCACAGCAGAACUACGCUAACCCCCGCGAGUACACUGGCAAGAUCGUCUGUGCAAACUGCCACCUGGCAUCCAAGCCCAUUGAGGUGCGGAUUCCGCAGGCUGUGUUGCCUGACACCGUCUUCAAGACUGAGGUGGAGAUCCCAGCCAAGUAUGCCAAGCGCCGUCAGCCCAUUGCAGAUGGCUCCAAGGCGGCCAUGAACAUCGGCGCCAUCGCCGUGAUGCCAGAGGGCUGGAAGUUGGCUCCCAAGGAUCGUCUGCCGAAGCCGCUGAAGAAGGAGAUGAAGGGCCUCGCCUGGCAGGCCUACAGCAAGGAGUACCCCAACAUCGUGGUCGCAGGACCUGUGCCUGGCGAGACCUAUGAGAAGAUGGUGCUGCCAGUCCUGGCACCGGAUCCCAACACCAACGACAAGGUCCUCUUCGGCAAGGGCAUCUUCUACUUCGGUGGCAACCGUGGCCGUGGCCAGGUCUACCCCGAGGGCAACCAGAGCAACAACAACCAGUUCUUCGCCAGUGCAACAGGCACCGUGAGCGCUGUCGAUGGCUUGAAGGUGACGAUCACCACCCCGUCUGGUGAGGCCAAGAUCACGGAAUGCUUGCCUGGCGCCGACAUCGUGGUCCAGGUGGGUGAUGAGGUGGAAAAGGACGAGCCAAUCACCACCAACCCCAACGUGGGAGGAUUUGGCCAGGAGGAGAAGGAAUGCAUUCUGCAGGAUAUGAACCGGGUCUACGCCUACUGUGCCUUUGCCUUCUCAUGCUUCAUUGCUCAGCUCUCCUUCGUCCUCAAGAAGAAGCAGUUCGAGAAGGUGCAGCUCGCUGAGGGCUUCUGA